AUGACGGUUCCCUCGAUCUCCUUAGAGAAGGAUGUGAUCAAUUCGAUGGUCGCCUCGAAGACUUUCAGCGACAACACGGAAGAGAUCAACAGCGUGUCUUACAGUCAAGACGGAGUCUACAUGAUAACAUCGGCCAACGACGACAGCAUCAACAUCUACAACAUACAGUCGGGAGUCAAGUCCCGCAGUGUUAGUCCCUUUUUUGUCCUUUUUCCCAAAUCGGAUCUGCAGGUGAACAGCAAAAAGUACGGAGUAGGACUGAUACGCUACGCGCCCGGAGCCAACUGCGCAGUUCAUUGCAGUACAAAAAUAGAUAGUCAGUUUUUUUCCGAAUUCUUUUCGGUUGAAUUUUUCAACAAUUGGAGCUGGAUGAAGAUGGGAGCUUUCAACCCAGAAUUUACUUUUUAUCAUUUUAAUCAGAUACAGGUUUCAAUUUUUUCGUUUCAGAUACAAUUCGAUACUUGUCAUUACACGACAACAAGUACUUGCGAUACUUCAUCGGUCACAACGACAGGUUCGUUAUGAUUUCAGUUGCAUUUGCAAGGCUUGCGUGGUAUUUUUAGUUUUAGCUUUCUUUUUCAACCGCCAUGAUUGUUGAAUCUGAAAAAAGAAGAACUUUUUCUCAACGAUUUCUGGUUUUUGCCAAUUAAAAGUUGAUCAGUGACCUUAGCUCAAGAUUUAUUCCUUGUGAAGCUUUUAUUCUUUAGCGGCAUUUUUACUGUUCUCCUUAAACUUUGAACGCUACAUCAGCGCAAAGGGUUCAAUUUCUACCAAUUUUGCAGGGUGACCUGCUUGAGCAUGACUCCCGCGGAAGACAUGUUUCUGUCGGCGGCGCACGACAAAACGAUCCGGCUCUGGGAUCUGAAAACGGCCAAUUGCCAGGUGCUCCAGCUCCUUUUCUUGUUUCAACCUGACUUCCAGGGGGUCCUGCACUCGAGCAGCAAUCCGAUCGCGGCUUUCGAUCCGGAAGGCCUUAUUUUCGCGGCUGGAAUGGAUAACACCGUUGUCAAGCUUUACGAUCUCCGCUCUUUCGACAAGGUAGGCGGUUUUUUCUUUUGGAAUUCUGACUUGCUUUCUUGUAGUCUUGGAAAUCAAGAAUAUAAAACGGCAAAAUCAAAGAUCAAUUGUUAACUUUGAAAUUGGAAAACGAGUCCUUGAAAUCAUCAUCUCAUCAUCAAUAUUUAUUGGUUGUUUUAGUCAGAUGGAAUCGACAAGACGGUGAAAAAAAUGCUCUUUUGAGCGGCACUAACACCGCCUUUGGCGAAAAAGAAGUCAAAACGUGUAGUCGAUUGAAUUUAAAGCAUGGUCUUACGGUCCAUCUCCUCGUUAUUCCACAACUAGAUCCAUCAGUUUCGCUUGUACGAGCACGGCGGUGAUGGUGGGGCUCGGGCACGGACACCGUGUACACUCUAGGGUAGCCUCGGCCGAUUGAGAGAGCUAACACUUCGAGUGAAGAAAAUACACGGAAUGAAAAAUGCGGAGAACUACUUGCGCCUUCAAAAAUUUUUAAAAAUACCUGAAUACCAAGAAAUUGAUCUCUGAUGUAUUUGACUUAUAUUUGAAAAAAGAAACCCUCUGUUUUUUUCCAAUUUUCAUCGUCGCUUCAAAAUAUUUACCACGGCGUAGUAUAUUCUCAAUUUUCCGAUGUUUUCUAAAAAUUAUGGAAACCCUUUACCAUCAAGCCUCUCUUAAUUCUACAGAAUGUUCAGAUUUUCAGAAGCAAAUCCUUUGAUUUUUCCAGGGACCGUUCAUUAGUUUCCAAAUGACUCGCGAAAACAUGUUCGACUGGACGGAUAUGAAAUUUUCGCCUUGUGGAAAAUUCAUAAUGCUCAACACAAAGGGCACCAUGAUCACGUAUGCUGUCGAGGCCUCUGAGUGUCCAGAAAUAGAUUUUUCAGGCUUCUCGAUGCCUUCACGGGAAAAGUCAAGCACCAUCUUUACGGGCACGAGAAUGUUCUGGUCAGUUUUUCACGCCGGUCUCGUAAAGAGGGAGCUUUUCAGAGCAAGCCUCUGGAGGCGUCUUUCACGCCCUGCUCGAAGUACGUGUUCAGUCCCAGCUCAGACCGACAUAUCUAUGUCUGGUCUGUGGAAACAGGUGAACUCUCUCUUCUGCUGAAGUUCUUGAAGCUUAAAUGGAAAAUUUCUUGAUGUGUCGAGUUAUGAAAUAGAAUCAGAUUCAUCGCAAUCAAGAGUUAUCGUAGAAAUUUUUGCGGUUUUUUAUCAACCAAAAACGUUGAUUUCACACCUUAUAUUUAUUCAGAUUUCAAUUUUCAUCUCUAGAGGGGAAGUUUUAUAUAAACCUCGAACAAACAGAGAAAAUAACAUUUAGAACUUUAUAGCAGAGUUUUACACCCUUUCACGAACUAGAUUAACAAGAAACAUUUUUAAGGGUGUUUUUAAAGAAUCUGGCUUUAGAAAUGGGCCAAUUAUUCGAAUUUUUUUUGAAUUGUUGGGCUACCGUGAGACAGGGGGCUGGGCGUUAAAUCAAAAUCAAAAAAAACGAUCCGUAAUUUAUUGUACAGUCUAGAAGGAUUUUUGCCUUCAAUUCACAGUCAUCGCUAGUUUCAUUGUCCUUUUUGAAAAUUUAUAUGCUCACAAAAAUAUUCUCCACCAUAUUAAUGAAGUUCAAUACUUUAAAUUUGAUUUCGAAAAAAAGAUGGAAAAAUUAAUGUUCAGAAUGUGAGCAAAAAAGGAAUAUAAAAAUCAAAGAACUUCCAUUUAUAUAGAAAAAAAGAGCUCUGAUCAACCUUGUCUUUUUCAAAUUGGUCCUUCAUACUAUUCCACAAUUCGAAUCUGCGCAAACUGAGCUCGAAUUUUCAACAAAAUUCGUCAAAAUGUAAAAAUGGAAUUCUCCGAUAACUUAGUUUUAACUUCAAUUCCCAGGAGAAUUGGUGACAAAGUUGCCGACGGAUCACGACCAGAACUUCCACAUCGCCCAGUUCAAUCCCAGGUUUUUCGUCCUGGCGACAUCUUGCACAAAAUUAGUGAGUCUAAAUUUCAUUCUAUGUAAUUUUCCCCCCUUUUUUUUUAGCAUCUCUGGUCUCCGGGAGAAGAUUUUCCUUUCGGCGACGAUGGAUUUGCACGCCAAGGAUGA